AUGAAAUUUUUUUCAGGAAAAGAAGAAAAAGUUGGAAAUUUCCCAGUUCGAAUGCUUGUAAUUCUUGUUAAAUUAUGCAAAGUUUUGGAAACUAAGAAACAAUUAAUUUCAAAUAUGAUAUCGAUGAAUGAUUGUGCUGAACGGAUGAAUUUAUUUGGUGGAAAAUAUCCACAUGAAUUUAAAGUUUAUUUUUAA